AUGUGGGAAUUUGAUAAUAACGUUAUCAUGAGUAUGGACAGUAUCGAAAAGUUGUACAAGAAUUUUGGCAUUCUAGCCGAUGCUAAAGACAAGCUAGCCGAGCAUGAGAAGGAGUACUUGGAAAUUCUGACAGCGGUGAAAGGGUCACCAAAAGAAAAGCGAUUGGCGUCACAAUUUAUUGCAAGGUUUUUUAAAUAUUUUCCAAAAUUGGCUGACCAAGCUAUAGAUGCUCAUUUAGAUCUCUGCGAAGAUGAAGAUAUGGCUAUAAGGAAACAAGCGAUCAAGGACUUGCCAUCUUUAUGCAAAGAUAACAAAGAGCAUACCCCAAGAAUUGCAGAUAUUUUAGCUCAAUUACUUCAAGCUCAAGAUUCAUCCGAGUUAGCUGUAGUUCAUAAUAGUGUUAUGUCUCUCAUGAAAACUGAUCCACGAGGCACAAUAAGUGGGUUUUUCAGUCAAAUCAUUAAUGGUGACGAUGGAACACGCGAACGUUGCAUUAAAUUUCUAGCAACCAAGUUGAAAGCAAUAGGUCAUGAUGUAAUUACUAGAGAACCGGAAGAUCUAUUAAUUUUAGAGUGCAAGAAAGUAUUGCAGGAUGUUACUGCCGACGAAUUCCACAGUAUUAUGGAAAUUCUUGCAUGGACCAGACUAGGUUCGACAGUUAGUGGACAACAGGAAUUAGUAGAUAUCACAGUUGAGCAAGCUGAAUUAUCUGAGCCGUUUAAACCUACCAACGUCGAGCAAUGGAACAGGCUUGUACAAUGUAUUAAACAUGCACUUCCUUUCUUUAGUUCUCAAAUAGACUCGUCACGAUUCGUUUCGUAUAUCUGUAUGCAAGUUUUACCUCACCUCUCUCUAAUUACUUCGCCCGAUGGAAGGGAUGUACAAUUGGAACUACUGAAACUUCUUGCCGAACUAGCUGUAUUCUGCGGAACGAUUGACAAACCGGAAGAGAAAGUACAAGAACUUUAUAAUACACUGACCACGUACAUGCCUCUACCUCCAGCCACGGAAAUAACUGAGGUCCCGAAACUUCAGUUUAGCCAUGUCGAGUGUCUUAUGUACGCAUUUCAUAAACUGUGCAAACAAACGCCAGAAUUUCUGAUGAAGGAUCCGGAACAGCUUAAAGAGUUCAGAUUGAGAUUGCAAUAUUUCGCUCGCGGUAUUCAAGGUUACAUAAAAAAGUUACGGGAAGCAAUUAGCGGGAAGACGGAAGAAGAGUUGAAGUCGGAAGAGAACCAGUUGAAAGUUGUUGCUUUGAAGACUACGAACAAUAUCAAUACUUUGAUCAAGGAUCUGUUUCAUUCGCCUCCUAGUUUUAAAAGUGUUAUACAUCUUUCGUGGAAGACGAUGGUCAAUGAUAAGAAGAGUGAGAAACAUUCGACAGCACAGAAGAGACACACGCCAAUUACGUUUGGAAAUGAUAGUAAUUCGAAUAAACGAAGUAAAGAGGAUAAGAGCAAAAGGGAACUAUACACUCCACCCAGCGGAAAAUACAGUUCGAAUAUAUCAUCUAAUUACGGUCGCGGUAGAUUUCGAGGAAAUAGAUCGGGCGGUCGUGGUGGUUACAGACCGAGAGGUCGCGGAACAUGGAGAAAGAAUUUUUAUUAACUCUCGAAUCGCUUAAAUCUUUAAAAACGAUGAAAUGUCGACUCCGCAAUAAUAUAAAAAACAAUCCAGGCCUGUAAUUUGUACAUAUACAGAUGAUGUCUGUAAAGGUGAUAAUUUACAGAGAGUGAUGUUCAGCAGAGAUGAAAGAACGGAUAGAUUUUUUUUUUAUAAAUCGUAGUGUAAAAAGAACUGUGUUUUCGUGACAGCUUUAACUACUCAUGCAAAUUCUAUAAAAGAAUAAAUUGUAAGUCGUUCGUUCAGUAAACACAGCGGUAGAACGAGUCAUCAAAGAAAUAUCGACAUCUGAACAAGGAAAGAAUGUUUGUGUAGAAUAAUACACAUUAUUUUGACGAAAGAACUUUUUUCGACAUAUACUGCUAAUGAAAAUGGACGAAUUUGAAACCAAGUCUGGAUCUGUGGAAGUGAUCAAGCUUGCGGAAAGAACUAUGAAAAAAUGGGAAGGAAAAUACGGAUUUGAGGAAGCAUGGCAUUGAGAUAUCAUUGGUCCAGUAUUUCUAAGACAACUCGACAUGAACCGAGAAAAAGUGAUGUGAGAACACAGUACGUGAAUUGGUCAAAAUGGGAGGAGCACGUUGCAACAAAGAAUACCUCUUCACUGAAGAAAUGUUUAAAGAUUCAAAUUGUACAAUGACCAGUUUGUGCUACGAUACGGACAUUGGUGUAUUUCCAAAAGACAGACGAUUUUUCUCUUCCACAACGAUUUUGGAUGUUAAAAUAGUAUCAAAAUGUAUUCCCUUACCUCCUAGAUUCUUCUUCCUUUCCUCUCCUUUGAUCCCACAUUUUUCUGCCAGCAGGAAGCGAGAUCGAGGGGCCAGUACAACGCAAUCGGCUGCAACAUUGAAUUUCGGAGACAAGAUCAAAGAAACUUAAAAGCAGUUUUUGUUUUCCAUUCUUUAAAUGAUGAACUGUUUAUGUGUUUGUAGUUUUUAACUUUUAAUUUCCUCAAAUUCGUGAUAAAUAUUUAUAACGUGUUUUUAGCUAGGAUAAUUAUCAACAUUAUUCUGUAAAACUGUUUGUGCCUAUCUCGUAAGCGUAAGCGCAAUAUAAUAUAAAAAUUGGAAAACACAAUUUCGUAACUGCAAAAGUUUCUUUGAUUAUACGAAAAUGAAAUUAUGUAUUAUUAUAUACAUUUUAUUUUACAGAUGCUGCUUGGUAACUGGUGUCUGACGAGCGACAGAGCAGAGCGAAAAUAAUCAGUUCUUUAUUACAGAUUUACAGUUCCAGGAAAGAAACUCCCGAGCAGAGGACCGACGACGAGAAAUUCUCAUUUAACUUUGUUUUCAGGAGCUGAUGCACGGUUGUAUAUUGUCUUUUAUUUAUAUAUUGAUGGUAGCCGAGUUGUAAGGUGAGUUUCAAAAAUCAUACUGCGUCCUUCUCCUGUCCACCAUUUGAACAAAACUUUUGUAAUAGUAAUAAUUAUUGACUAUAUCAUCAUUUAAUUUAAAUAAAUAUUACUACUGCAUAAUA